AUGUGCAGCAUGUUUGAUGACCCUGGCGUCCUCAGCAUCAUCAUGCCAUGGUCGUGGCUGUGGAUGGACCCUGUGCAAAACCACGUGCGGUGGUCGCUGUGUGCCAAAGAAGUCUGUUUCAAGAACGAGCUCCUUCGCUCAGCCUCUGGCCCUUCCCUUGACUCAAACUUCCUUCCCUCCCCUUUCAUCUCCGAAGGCAGUUCUUUCUCUCCGGGAAAACUCUUCCUGUGGAGCGAGGGAAAGGCAGCAGGUGUGCACCAGCCGGUCGUGUCCCUGGCCUCCAUGGCGCUCGCCUCGGGCCAGUGGGUGCACGUGUUCCCGGAGGGCCGCAUCAACUACGACGGCCGCCUGGGGCCGCUGCGUUGGGGCUGCGGCAAGCUGGUGUGCGAGGCGCGGCAGCUGACCGGCGGCAGGGACCCCGUGGUGCUGCCCUUCUACCACUCCAACAUGGGCAGCGUGCUGCCGCUGUCCGGAGGGGGGUUCUCAGUGGGGCAUAAAGUGGAAGUGCGCAUAGGCGCCGUGGGCACCCCGCAUACCCAGCAAGGCGGUGAACCCCUCCAGCUCGCCGACCUCACCUGUCGGUGCGACUCCCCCAGUCUGGCUGAGCAGCAGGAGACCUGGCGCCUCAUCACGGAACGCGUACGACUGGCGCUUCUGGAUCUGGAGAGGCAGAGCCCGCCUAACCCCGACCAGAGCGCCAACGUACCCGCAAAAGGAGGUCCGCCGCCCUCUUGA